CAAUGAAAGUAUAGGCUGGAUAGCGGCAACGAACUCAGAUCAGUCAGCUGAUCAGGGUCGUAUUAGCCCUGGCCAGUGAGUUUGUCAUCGUUGUGUCAGGUGCUAAAAGUCUAGUAGCACCCCUACUACUAUCAACGAUGUCUUCCACGAAGGCAGAGCAGUCUCUCGUCGUCCUCGGAACAGGUGUAAUUGGGCUAACGAUUGCGUAUCUCGCCGCCUUGGCAGACGAUGUCUCAUUUAAUAUUAGGGUGAUCGCUAGGGAACUUCCUGAAGACAUGGAUUCUCAAGCUUGGGCUAGUCCGUACGCUGGUGCUAAUUGGUCUCCCAUGGAACUUGGAGGCAGAGAUGAACGAGUGAGGAAGUGGGAGGAGAAAACUUUUAACAAGUUAUGGGACAUGAUCCCAACAGGGUUGGUUAAGCUAUUACCCACGAAGCUUUAUACCACGCGAGGGCGAGAUAUUUCAGACUUGUGGUGGAAAGACCUUGUGCGGAAUAUCAGGAUACUUUCCCCCUCUGAUGUCCCUGAGCCAUUCAAAGCUGGAGUCGCAUUCGACACAGUUUCAGUCAAUCCAGCCGAAUAUCUUCCGUGGCUCCAAUCCGAGCUGGUCUCCUACGGAGUUACCUUUGAACGCAGAAAUGUGAGGAGUUUGGACGAGUUGAGGAGCCUGGUGGGGCCUGAUGGUAUUCUGGUGAAUGCGUCUGCGCUUGGUUCCAGAUCCAUUAUCGGAGUGGAAGACACGAAGCUAUACCCCAUUCGCGGACAAACGAUCCUAGUACAUGCACCAGGUCUGCAGGAAUGUUUGUUAGUCGAGUCCCAAGUAGCCGAGGAAGCUACAUACAUCAUUCCCCGUCCUGGAAAAGGUCAAUCUGACACCGCAAUCCUCGGUGGGACAUUCCAGUCCAGGAAUUGGGACACCUCUUUAGAUAUGCAGAUUGCGAGAGGAAUAUUUGAUCGCUGCGCCGCAUUGGCUCCUUGUUUGAAGAGUGCCGAGUCGAGAAUCCUGAAACAUAACGUUGGCCUAAGACCUACAAGAGAAGGAGGACCACGAGUCGAGCUAGAGCGGAUCGCGAUGCCCUUGCAGAGCACGCAUGACCUUAUUCCGUGGAAUGGGAGUCCCGCCAGUGACCAUGACUGCGAACAGUCGAUGCUCGUUGUACAUGCCUAUGGUUUUGGACCGGCAGGUUUCCAGAGGUCUUGGGGUGCGGCAGAAGAAGUACUGGAAUUGGUGAAGACCCAAGUUGCUUUGAAACAUGAUACCUAGAUUUCUGCUACCUUGGUAGUGGGUCUUGUAGUGUCAAAAUAACAUUUGUUGUGCUGGGAAAAUAGGAAAUGGACAUACUCACGCAAAUCUGCGAAGUAUGAACGGCACAAAUUCGCGCACCACAAGACCAUGGAAUGUUAUGUCACUAACCCCGAGGGGCACAACAGAGUAAGUUGGACAAAUGCACACAGUCAGAAC